CGGAAGUAAGUGGUAUCGCCGAGGCCUCAUCCUUCCAAUGGCGACUGCAAACAGGCCGAAUACCAAGCGACAGCAACCGCGGAGGGGGGUCAGAGCGGUGUAACCGACAUUAAAUAAAUAUAUAUCAUAUUCUAUUCGUUAUCAUAUCAUUGCGAUUCACUUUUCCUAAAGUACAUCCGAUUCAAUGGCCAAAAAUCGGAACAUUUCGCUCCUUGAGUCGGAGCUCUAUUACUUGAUAUCUCGCUUUCUCUCAACGGGUCCGUGUCGGAGAGCUGCCGAGGUCCUGGUCAGCGAACUAGAGGACUAUCAGCUCUUACCCGGGAGACUGGACUGGCUUGGAAACGAGCACCCGAGGACAUACGAAGAUGUGGUUGCAUCAAACAGACACAUUGCACCAGAUCAUUUGCUUCAAAUAUGUAAGCAGAUGGGGCCGCUUCUUGACAAAGAUGUGCCGUCUUGUGUGCCCGGCGUGCAUUCCCUUCUGGGGUCCGGAAAGCAGUCCAUGCUUAGGACCUCCAAAGACUGUGAUGCCGUGCGGUGUCGAACUUCAUCAUAUGCAGCCCUUCACAGGGGCAGACCACCAGAGAGGCCUUUAAACUGCAAGAAACCUCCACAUAUAGUCAACGUCUAUCGGGGCAGAGAGCUGACAGGAGCGCAGUGCUUCAGCUCCAUCAACCCCAUCAGCAACUAUGAGCGCAUGCGUCUGCAUCAGCGAAUCCUGGGGCAUCUGUCGGCAGUGUAUUGUAUCGCAUUUGACCGUACCGGUCUGAGGAUCUUCACAGGCUCAGAUGACUGCUUGGUGAAGAUUUGGUCUUCCUUUGACGGGAGGCUCCAUUCAACGUUGCGAGGACAUUCAGCCGAGAUCACAGACUUGGCGGUCAGUUACGAAAACACGCUGAUUGCCGCGGGAAGCUGUGACAAAACCAUUCGCGUGUGGUGCCUUCGUACCUGUGCACCUGUGGCUGUGCUACAGGGUCACAGUGGAUCAAUUACCUCCCUACAGUUCUCACCGUUUGCCAAGGGCUCAAAGCGAUACAUGCUUUCCACUGGUACUGACGCUACGGUCUGUUUCUGGCAGUGGGACGUCAACAACAUCAACUUUAGUGAUCGUCCACACAAGUUUACAGAGCGUCCGAGGCCAGGAGUUCAGACCGUAUGCUCCUCCUUUAGUCCAGGUGGCUUUUUCUUAGCAACAGGAAGCACUGAUGAUGUCAUCAGAAUAUACUACUUGGGGAGUGGAAGUCCAGAAAAGAUAUCAGAGCUCCAUGAACACACAGACAAAGUUGACAGCAUCCAAUUUUGCCACUCAGGGGAAAGGUAUGCUUUAUUUUGUCUUUGUGUUUUAUUUAAUAACACUCAAGAGUUGAAGGUUCAAUGCUGCUGUACUUCCCUCAGGUUUGUGAGUGGAAGUCGAGAUGGUACGGCGAGGAUCUGGAAGCUCCAUCAUCGGCAGCAGUGGCGGUGCAUCUUGCUCAACAUGUCCGCCACUCUUCCUGGUGCUGAGCCAAUGAAUGAAGAGGAAAGCUACUUCAAGCCCAAAGUUACCAUGGUAGCCUGGGAUCGUCAUGACAACACGGUUAUCACAGCUGUCAAUAAUCAUCUCCUCAAAGUGUGGAACUCCUACACGGGACAGUUGUUACAUGUCCUAAAAGGCCACGAGGCUGAAGUGUUUGUACUUGAGCCGCACCCCUUUGACCAUAGGAUUAUCUUGUCGGCCGGCCAUGAUGGAAACGUCUUCAUAUGGGACCUUCUGCAAGGGAAAAGGACUCAGCACUAUUUCAACGUGAUUGAGGGCCAAGGUCACGGUGCAGUUUUUGACUGCAAAUUCACACCCGACGGUCAUCGUUUUGCCUGCACAGACUCCCAUGGACAUCUGCUCAUCUUUGGCUACGGUAGUUCAAAGCCAUAUGAGAAGCUUCCAGACCAGGUCUUCUUCCACACAGACUACAGGCCACUUAUUCGAGAUGCCAAUGGCUUUGUGCUUGACGAACAGACACAACAGGCCCCCCAUUUAAUGCCCCCGCCUUUUUUAGUGGAUGUGGAUGGAAACCCCCAUCCACCAAGGUACCAGCGUCUUGUUCCAGGGCGGGAGAACAUAGCAGCUGAACACCUGGUUCCUCAGCUGGGAUAUGUUGCCACCAGUGAUGGCGAGGUGGUUGAGCAGGUGAUCAGUCAGCAGACUGCAGAGCUGGAGGAGAUUUCAUUAAGACGCAGCAACCUUCUGGAUGAGGCCAUUCGACAACUUCAGCAGCAGCAGGACCGGCACGUCCAAGGUGCUGUGGCCACAGGGGCAGCUCUUCUUCCAGCACCAAAUACGCCACGUAGAGUGUCUGUAAACGACCGGGCAGAUGUGCAGUCCCCUUCUAAUGUGGGUCUGCGACGAAGCGGGCAAGUGGAAGGUGUCAGGCAGAUGCAUCAGAAUGCACCUCGCAGUCAGAUGGCCACAGAAAGGGACCUGCAAGCCUGGAGAAGACGGGUGGUGGUGCCUGAACUUCCCCCCAGCAGCUAUAGGGACUUAGUAGACAUCAGGGUUGCCAAAGGAGAUGAGGAAGUGGCGUUAUACAACGUAAAGAAGAGGCGCAUCAUGUACAGCUGUCGAGAUGAUUCUGACGAAGAACCUCCCCUUGCAAAGCGAACACACGGCCGCAGUGCUGCAGGGCUGGAAUACAUUGAGCUGUCGUGCGAAGAGGGAGAGGAGACGGCAAGCUCCGACGCACACACCGAGGACAAUGACUUGGAUGGCAGUGAACUGGAAUCCUCCAAUGAGGAAGAGUGGAACAGUGACAGCCCAAGCCACUCAUCAAGUGAAUACUCAGACUGGACGGCAGAUGCCGGCAUCAACCUUCAACCGUCGACUCCUUUGUCGUCGCGAAAACGAGUGCGACGCCAGCUCAGCAGUUCGGAGGAUGAGGACGAAGACGUUGAAGAGGAGGAGGAGGAAGAGAAACAGCAAGCGCAGCAGCACCAACAGCAGAGCGACGAAGAAGAAAAAACUGGGACAUUAAGCAAAGAGAAGUCCAAGAAAUUGAAGAACAAGUCUCCCAGAAGGCCAAAAGUCCGACCGUCAAUCAACAGAGAGGUGUCCAAUGAGUUUCGUCCCUCGUUGUGGAUUACCGACGUCAUUCCCAGGAAGUCUCCUUUUGUUCCCCAAAUGGGUGAUGAGGUGAUCUACUUCCGACAGGGCCACGAGGCUUACGUCGAGGCUGUAAGACGAACAGAAGUGUAUCCCAUCAACAUGGAUAAGCAGCCCUGGAAGAAAAUGGAGUUGCGGGACCAGGAGUUUGUGAAGAUUACUGGGAUCAAGUAUGAAGUCUGUCCUCCGACACUCUGCUGCUUGAAACUGACUCUAAUUGACCAUGGCACAGGCAGAAUCACUGACAAGUCCUUCUCUGUCAAAUAUCACGACAUGCCGGAUGUAAUAGAUUUCCUGGUGCUGAGGCAAAGCUACGACGAGGCUCUGCGUAGAAACUGGCAACCAAGUAAGUCGGAUGAUCGGUUCCGCUCAGUGAUAGAUGACGCCUGGUGGUUUGGCACUAUCGUUUGUCAGGAGCCGUACCAGCUAGAAUACCCAGACAGUCUCUUCCAGUGCUUCAAAGUCCGAUGGGAUAAUGGUGAGAAUGAGAAGCUGAGUCCUUGGGAUGUUGAACCCAUUCCAGAGGAUGCCGAGGUACCGGAGACCGAGGGAGGGAGCAUCCCUGUGACACCAGAGGAAAUGAGCGGUUUGAUGUACAAGCCUCUACAGGGAGAGUGGGGAGUGAGAAAUAGGGACCAAGAGUGUGAGCGAAUCGUCUGUGGAAUCAGCCAGCUCAUCACUGUUGAGAUAUGUGCCCCCUUCUCUGGUCCUGUAGACCUGAUCCAGUAUCCCACCUACUGCACUGUGAUCGCUUAUCCAACUGAUCUGGACACUAUCAGGUUGCGACUGAUGAACAAAUUCUACAGGCGCCUAUCAGCAUUAAUCUGGGAUGUCAGGUACAUUGCACACAACGCACGCACUUUCAACGAGCCAAGGAGCAAGAUUGCCCACUCUGCAAAAAUCAUCACCAAUGUCCUCCAGAAAUUUGUAAAUGAUCCAGGCUGCACAGACAUCAUGGAGAUUUACAGUGUCAUUGAAGAAAUGGAUGAGGACGAGGAGGAAGCAGAUGCAGAAGCACCAGGACCCUCUACAGGACCCUCUGCAGGACACAGGCUGCGUCAGCGCUCUGUGGAGGUGCUGCCUGACAGAGAUGCCUGGAAGGAGCUGUGCAAAAAUCUGCUCAAUUACAUCUUUGAGUGCGAGGACUCUGAGCCCUUCAGACUGCCGGUGGAUCCCGAGAACUAUCCUGACUACCAUAACAUAAUUGAUACACCAAUGGACUUUGGCACUGUGAAAAGGACCUUGGAGGAGGAGCGCUAUGAUAACCCAGUGGAACUUUGCAAAGACACGCGGCUAAUAUUUGCAAAUGCUAAAGCUUACACGCCCAAUAAGCGCUCCAAGAUUUACAGCAUGACCUUACGACUUUCUGCCUUCUUUGAGGAGCAAAUCCGAACAAUCAUAUCAGAUUACAAAACAGCUGUGAGGAGCAGCGCCAGGCUGCGCCGCAGCCAGAGGUUCAAAAAGAAAACGCAACAGCAGGAUUCAUCUAGUGGUGCCACAAGUCACAAAAGGGGCUCAGUCAAAACUCAGGAAAAAGUGGUGUCUGUCUCAGUGACCAAAUCUACCUCAACCAAAGCGUUGCUUCCUGAGCGGGCCAGGAGGUCUCGGAGAAGCAGCGCUGGUCGCAGCUCUUCAGAAGACUCUGCGUCCAAAGGUGCUUCAUCAACACCAGAUGAAAGUGAGAGUGCAGACAGCGAGUCAGAGGAGGAGACGCGUCCAGGAUCCUCCAAACACCAUCAAAGCAAACAUAAGUCCAGAGUUACAAGAGGCAGCUCUUCGAAGCAGCGGAAAAAAGUGGCUGAGAGUGAUAGUGAAGAGGAAGCUGAGGAAAAAAAUGACAGUGAUGGAGGGGAAGAUGGUGAAGCAUCCUCCCAUUCUUCAGGUCUUCGCUAUCCCAGCAGAACGGCAAAGAUCAGGAGCACACGGCUGACCAGAAACACUGCUGCUGCGGAUAGAAAAAAGAACGAGGGCAGAGCAGAGAUGAACGGUCAUGCCACCCGGUCGUCUCGCAGGGAGAGACAUCACCACCGAGGAGCUGACACAAGCUCAUCCCCGGCUUCCGACGAGGAAGAGGAGGACAAACUAAUCCUUCGCAGGACGCUCAAGAGGAAAACGGCGAGGGCAGCUGUCAACAAGAUGAAACUCAUUGGAGCUUCAGAUAAUGAAGAUGAAGAUGAUGAUGAUGAGGGGGAGCCCAGACAGAGCAGCAGCCGCCUUCGCAACACGCACCGCUCCAGCAAACGCACCACAGUGCUGCAAAGUAGCUCUGAUUCAGACGGAGAGAAACCGACGAAAGCUUCUGCGAACACAAAAGCAUCCGCUGAAGAAUCCCAGGAUGAGAACAGCAACGACAGCAGCUCCUCAGACGCCUCCCACCACCAGCAGAAUGGACACGCAAGAACGUCAAGCAACGCCAAGGGAAACGAAACAUGUGUGAACGGACACGGGCCAAAACAUCACAAGUCGCUGGACAGCAGCUCCGAGCAGGAGGAAGCGGCAGAGGAGAGUUCUGGAGAUGCGGAGGAGGAAGAUGAGGUAGUGCGUCAGAAGCCUGGUAGGGGCUCAGCCCGCAAGAGCAGGAUUAGCAGUGAGGAAGAGGACACUAAACAAAGGACCACCCGAGGCAAACCUCCAGCAAGCUCUGAUGACGAGGACAGUGGUCACAGACGGCCAGAUCAAAAUGGAAGGGACGAAACCCAGUCGAAGGAAUAUAAAAAGAGCAAAGUGUCGUCAUCUAAAAGCCAGGCUCAACAAAAGUCUGCCUCACUUAACAAAGCAGAUGCUGCAGAUUCUGAAGCGCUUAGCAGUACCCCAAAGAGCUCAUGCAAGAAAAGAGGAAAACAAGAUAAAGAGAGCGAAGCGGAAAACAGCGCCUCCAGUGAUGAUGUGGACACCAGGAGCAAGAGGUUCACGAGGAACAAGAGCAAAUUGAAACGUCCUCGUGUAGGCACUUCCGCCUCCGACACUUCUGAGCAGGAAUUUCUACCCAAGAAGUCCAGGAGGAAACGCUCUACCGGCUCGUCUGAAGAAGAGUCGGACAACUCUGGCAGCACUCCCAGCAGGCGGCUUAACCUCCGAAUGCUGCCCAAGAAGAAAUACAUCAGCGACAACUCUGCGUCAGAGGACGACGGUGCUACUCGGAGGAAACUGAGAAAUGGGAACAAAGCAGUUUCGAGGGAAGCUCUCUACAACAAAAGAGAGUCAAAGAGAAGCUCUUCCUACAAAAGCACGACUCAAACGUCUUCCAAGAGAAGGCGAAUAUACUCCUCAGGCUCCGACGAUGACGAGAAAGAGCCGGCGGCCAAGAACAAUAACAAUAAAAACCACAGGUCCAGCUCCUUCAAGCGCCCCAAGCAGGAAUCCAAACAUGACAAGGAAGAAGUCGCCUUUUCCCCAUCGCACUCCAGCGAGGAGGAUGAGGAGAAAGGCGUCAGUCGCUCAAGGAGGGGGAAGAAGAAUGAGAGGCGGCUCAAACACAAAAGGCGCGAGGAAAGCUGCAGCAGCAAUCACAGUUCAGACUCUGAAAGCGAGCAGUUGUCGUCAGCCAGCGAAAACUCUUACGCCAGCUCAGGAUCCCACAGCAGUCCAAAGAGGAGGAGCCCCAGACGAGCCAGGAAUGGCGAAACGAUUGCCGGUCGCCGGUUGAAGCAGCGCCAGCCACAAAUUGUCUCGGAGGAAGAGGACAGCGACGAGCUGUAUGGCAGAACGCAGCAAAAGGCCCGCAUCAACACCCGAAACCGGGGAAAGCGGACUGUCCUCUAUAACGACAGCGAGUGACAACAACAGGAGAGGGGAAAGACACUUGAUGUUAUGGUAGCAGCACUGGUUUCCUCAAAAAAAUGCUGUGAAUCUGUUUCUUUCAGGGAUAUUUAUAUUUUCUAUGAAAAACAUGUUUAUAGAUGUAUUACAAAUUCAUGCAUUUGAACUGCUGGUUCUCACGAGGAUUCAGAUCAAAACGCCGCCUGCCAACACUUGCUUGUUGCAAUUUUUUUUGUCCAGCAGAGUAACAUUGUGAGGAAUCUUGGGUGCUAUCUAAUAACAUACCUCUGUUAAAUCUAAGCAUAUUGCUGGCUUGCACUAAAAUACACUGUAAGGAGGUAUUUCAUACACUAGUUUUGCAUUCGAAACUCAGGGGUCAACUAAGUUUACUGUAGUCUCUGACGUGCGGUUGUUUGGGUUUUUUUGUUUCUGAAGCAAUGAGAUGGACAAGCAACAAUUCCACGUGGGCAGACGUCAAAGCACAUGCAACUGAGACUAAAACUAAGCCACAUUCUCACUUAGGACUACAGCACUCCUUUGUAAAUCCAUAUAUACACUUAAUGCUUUGACUGUUUUAUGAGUUAAUAUGAGCCAAACGAAUGGAAUGUUUCCCUUUGAUAUUGUUUUCUUUAGAUUUGUGUUGCAUUCUAGUAACUACAGAAGGUAUAUGUUGAUGAUGGCAGACCGUCAUUCAGUAGCAGCAUUUUUAUUUAAUUCUAAAAAAAAAAGUUACUUUUUUUUUUAUAUAACUGCAUUGUCUUGCCAUAUGUCACAAAUUGGUACAUAAGUAACCAGAAGUACUUACUACAAAAUAUUGUAAUUUCUCAUAUUGGGAAGACAUUUAAUUGUGUUACUUUCAGUGUUAAAUUCUUUUUUUCAGAGUUGACGUAAAUAUUUUUGCCAGUCCCACGGUUUAUUUUAGAUUGGUUUAUUCCGGGUUUCUCAAAUGCAGUUGCUUUGAAAUUUUUUUCAAUGGUUUUCAUACAUCUUCAAUAAACAAGACUUCAAUGGAAAAGCUUA